CCUCACAGAGUCACAGUUGCAAAGAGUAAACCCUAGAAAGCCUCUAAAUUUCCUUUCCCUUUAGUUGCUUCCCCAAGCCUCCAUCAGAGAAGGUGCAGCUCCAUAAAAAGUUUGCUUCUCUUUUGAUUGUAUAAGAUGUAUCUCCAGUUUUACAUAAACGAGAAUGGAGACAAAGUUUACACCACUAAGAAAGAAUCACCAUUGGGGUUGCCUACUCAGUCUGCUCAUCCGGCCCGUUUCUCCCCUGAUGACAAAUUUUCAAGACAGAGAGUUCUUUUGAAGAAGCGUUUUGGAUUGUUGCCGACCCAGCAGCCGGCUCCGAAAUAUUGAAAUCGUCGAAAA